CGAUAAACCCACUAAAGAAAGAAAGAAAGAAAGCUCACGUGUGAUGUGUUUGUGUCUGUGUUUCUCUCUCUCUCGAAUGUUUUAUUGAGUGUAAACAGAGUCUUGUCUCUGUGUAUUUUAGUGUUGAGAUGUUGAUGAUGACAGAUGAGAUGUGCUGUAAAUCAGUAACUGUUAGGAACUGAUCUGUCCAUGCUGGAUAUUGACGAUUGAAAGAGCUGAAGAAGAAAGAGAUGGCGUUACUGGAGGCAAAACUGAGGUCAAGAGGAGAUGAAGGAGUGAAGAAAGAGGAUGUGGAUUGUUGUGAAUCUUCAGUGUAUGUGACUGAUGGAUGUCUGGAUUCAGUGUGGAUGAGCAGAGAUCAGAGCCGCACACCACAGCCACUGCUGGACUCUAAACUCUCUGAAGAGAAAUCCAGACACACACAGGACUCAGAGCUCAGUCUCACUUUACUCUGUUAUACUGAGUCAAAGCCCACAGACGCUCAGGACACUGUGUGUGACAGUAAUCAGGGCUUACAGGAUGAGGAAUCUACUGAUCAAACCUCCACAGAGUCUCUGGAUUCUGUCUGUAACGCUGGAGAACAGCAGCAGAUCCUGCAGACCACACUGAAGAUGUGUUCAGUCAAACUGAUCGACUGCAGGAACCUGAUGAUGAAGAUAAAAACAGAACCCACGGAAGAUAACAUUGAUAAAGACAAUCAUGUGGAUGAUUUAAAUCCAUCAGAUGUGAAGAUUGAGUCAUAUUUGGAUAUAGACAUAACAUCCUCAACAUCAGAAGAGCGACUGACAGCACAAACUCUUUCCUGCAUCACCUGUGGAAAGACAUUCAGCUCACAGAGACUUUUAGAGAGACAUGAGAGAAAACACACAGAACAGAAACUCAGCUUUACUACCUUACAAGAGAAGAAACUUCAUCAUUCAAAAGAGCACGAAGAGAAGAAGAUGAAAAAGAAGAAGAAAAAGAAGUUUCAAUGUGAGCAGUGUGGGAUGAAUUUUGUCUUCUUAUCUCAGCUGAAAGAUCACAUGAGGACACACAGUGGUGAAACGCCUUUCUACUGCACUGAAUGUGGAAAUAACUUCAGCUCCAAACAAAGUCUUGAUGUUCAUCAGAGAAUUCACACGGGAGAAAAAUCAUACGAGUGUCCUCACUGUGAGAUGAGAUUCCGACAUAAAAGCACUCUGAAGAAACAUGUGUUAAUACACACCAAUGAGAGACCGUAUCAGUGCAGUAAAUGUGACAAAACCUUUAGGCAUUCAGCUUCAUUAAAAAGACACCAGAAUAUUCACUCUGAACUCUAUAAAUGUUCACUCUGUGAUAAAGGUUUCUGUCGUAAAUCUCAUCUUAUAGGCCACGAGAGAAUUCACACUGAAAAACCUUACACAUGCUCUCAGUGUGACAAGACGUUUACUCGGUCAAGUACCUUAAAAAUCCAUGAGAGACUUCACACUGGAGAGAAACCUUAUGUCUGCUCUUACUGUGGAAAGAGAUUCAAUAGUACAUCUAAUGUCAAAGUUCAUGAGAGAGUUCACACUGGAGAGAAACCUUAUCACUGUAGUGUUUGUGGGAAGAAUUUUGGGCAGCGUGAACAUUUAGUAAGCCAUCAGAGACUUCACACAAGAGAGAAACUUUUCAAAUGCUCUCAGUGUGACAAGACGUUUGCUGAGUCAAGAAAAUUAAAAAUCCAUGAGAGACUUCACACAGGAGAGAAACCUUACGCCUGCUUGAUCUGUGGAGAGAGAUUCACUUAUCCUGGAAGUCUUCAGUAUCAUCAGAAGAAACAAGCAGGGAUGGAAGGGCCCUCGCAUGCAUGUGCACCGCCACCCUAUGGUCUUAGUAAAACAGUGAACCAGGGGGAUUUAAAUUUAAGUGGGUAUAUAGAUAGGUGGAUAUUCAAAGGAACUUUGAUGUGCCACACCUCCUGUGUGCAGCAGGUGGCGCUAUGACUGUAACUGAUUGUUGUUACAUUGAUGUGUUCAGGCCAGGACUCUUGUCAAACGUAUGAUGUCUGUGAAAGGUCGGACAUUGUAUGCCUGAGUUACAACAGCUUUCUCAUGGUGAAACAUCAAACUUUGCCAGGCCACUACGGACACGCCCCUUUAACGAAAUGUCAAGAUCUUCACAAUGUAUCAUUGUGAAGUCCUUAAGUUCAGACUGACCAAAUAUGAUGAUGAUCUGAAAAAAAUUCUAUGAGCAGUAAAUCACAGUGUAAAACCUGAAAUUUCCUGCUGCCAGCAGGUGGUAGCUUUUACUGAAUAUUGCCAUGCAAACAUGUGAAGCGUGGGUCACAUUGGACAUUUAAAGCCUGAGUUAGAUCAACUUCCUGUUUCAUGGCGAAACACGGGAAUUUGCCAGGCCGCCACGGACACACCCUCCAACGAAAAGUCAAGACCUCCGCAAUUUAACAUCGCAAAGGCCUUUAGAUGAGACUGACCAAAUACGAUGAUGAUCUGAUUAAAUCUCUAGUAGUAGUUCAUUAAAGUAUGAAUAUGAAGCCUGGAAAUGGCAACAUUUGCACAGAAAUCACAGAGAAAAUUAAAAAUGGCUGACUUCCUGUGAGCUUGGUUCCAAGGAACUUUUUUGUAGGUCUUGGGGUGAUAGAUGACCCUACCAAAUUUCGAAUCUGUACGUUUUUCGUUCUCUUGAAAUUUUGCAGGUGGUGCUAUCCAGUCAUUUCUACACGCCCACUUCUAAAGCCUAUACCACAUGUAAAUUUCCGUCACUUCCGACGUGUGUGCAAAGUUUCAUCAAGUUUUUGGGCAUGUUUAGGCCCUCAAAAAUGCGAUUCAUUUCGGAGAAAAAAAGAAGAAACUGAGCAAAAACAAUAGGGCUUUGCACCCACGGUCCUCGGUGCUCGGGCCCUAAUUACACUGAAAUCAUCAUAGUGCCUUAAACUCUUUACACACUGACCACGUUUAUUCCACUUGAAUGUUCGCCUUGAUAAUAUGCUAGAACAAAAACAAUUCAUUUCUAUGAUUUACUUCACAUUGAUUUGUUCUUUAGUGAGCGGACUUUCAGAAGUGCUAACUUAACAGUAACUGGUUUUGGCCCUGUAUCAAUCUCAGAAUGACGUCUAAUAGGCAGUAGGUAGAAUUGCUGUGUGGCUGGAGAGGGCCUUCAUCUUUCUAGCACAUAUCAGGAGAGAGAUAAGAAAAGCUAAAGGGACAUUGGGCUCCCACUUUCACGUGUCAACACUGUGGAAAGAGUUUCACACAAAAAUCAACUAUUGAGAGCCACAUGAGAAUUCACAUUGGAGAGAAACCAUUCACGUGUCAACAGUGUGGAAAAAAUGCACAAGUGAAGGCACUCUUAAGAAACACAUGAAAAUAGGAGAGAAACUAGUCGAACGCCAGGAGUGUGGAAGUAAAUUUACAAAUAAAGCAGUUCUUAGCAUUCACAUGAAAAGGUACACUGGAGAGAAACCAUUCAUGUGUCAACACUGUGGAAAGAGAUUUACAAGGAAAUGUAGUUUUAGAAUUCAUCUGCGCUCUCAUUCUGGUAAAAAAAAGACAUUUAAAUGUGAUGAGUGCACAUCUGAAGAGACACAUGAGUGUUCAUGCAAAUGUGAAAUCUUAGUUGUGUUUGUUUUAAAGUGUUUAUGGUUGUUGAAAUAGCCUACAUGUUGCUUUGAGAUCUUGAUUUGCUUUGAGUGUGGAGAAACAUUGAGAAAAUGUUUGGGUUCUGUAUGACCCCCAGACCCUCCUCCUAUUUUUAUUCUUAUGUUUUUUUACUUUUUCUAAUUUUGUAGGAUCUUUUAGUAAUGUGUUUUUUACUUUAUAAUGUUGGCUGAUGACCGGUUUUAUGUUUGAAAUUGAAAAUGUCUUUAUGUAUUUCCUGUGUGCACGCGUUAAAGUGCCAGUUAGGUUUCAUUUCUACGCUUCCUAAUAUUGUUAAUUAGUUUCCGACAACAGGCUUAAAAUCAUGCAAGGUCAUCAUUUUCUCAAAAUAUAUUUGUUAAUAUUACCCCAUUUCUCAGAGAUCCCCAAACGAUUUGUGUGAAGCUGUUCAAUGACCCAGUCUGCCUAAACCCCACCUUUCAGUAGCCUACUCUGCUCUGAUUGGUCAACUGACACAGUCUCCGCACAGCCCAACAAUAGUGUAACAUGCACUGACAAGACAUUAAGAGUUUAAAAACCGACAUCAAUACACAUCAUUCAUCAUUAAUCCAAGUUAUAAAAAUGACAACAGACACUAACAUUUUUACAAUCAAGUGGGAAAGAAAGUAAGCUAACCGGGCCACAGCUAAACAGCAAACAGGAUUGGAACUGCAACAUGCGUUAGCCGAUUGCUAGUGCGAAUUACUGAUAAGACAUUGAAAACACUCAGGGUCUUAACCCCACUUUCUUGAAUACACCCAAGUAAUAAACAGAUUGGCUACAGAAAGAA